ACGAGUAAAGAUCUGAUUGAGACGUGAAACUGCAUUAGAUAAUCGAAAUCUUCAGCUGUGGAAUAGGCGUAGUAAAUCGACUUGGACUAGCCUAUAACAUUUUCACAUAGAGCAGGUGCCUACUCUGCCAUCUAUGAACUUUCAAACCCCCGACAUAUGGAUUCCAACGAUGUUUCGUUGACAGACGGUGGCCAGCCCAGUCAACGGCUGUCCCGUCAACAAAUACUCACCAUGAUAGCAAUGUCAUCUAUCAACUUCAGCUCUAUGAUAUGUUACUCUGUAUUAGCUCCAUUUUUUCCAAAUGAGGCAAAAAAUAAGGGUGUGAGUCAAACAGUGAUUGGUCUCAUAUUUGGAUGGUAUGCCUUAUGUGUCCUGGUGGGAUCAUUGCUAUUGGGUAAAUAUAUUGUACAGAUUGGGGCAAAGCUGAUGAUAAUUGUGGGAAUAUUUGUUUCAGCUGUGUGUACAAUUCUCUUUGGCCUGCUGGACAGAUCCGCUGCUGGGACACCGUUUAUCGUUCUCUGCUUUGUCGUUCGGUCAGUGAAUGCUUUUGGCUUUGCUGCUGCCAUGACAGCGUCAUUCGCCAUCUUGGCUAAAGUAUUCCCCAACAAUAUAGCUACUGUCCUGGGUUGCAUGGAAAUAUUCACUGGCCUUGGUCUCAUCCUGGGACCCCCGAUAGGUGGAUGGCUGUAUCAGGCAUUUGGUUAUGAAAUCCCAUUCAUAGUGCUGGGAGGUCUGCUAUUCCUGAUGGUUCCAUUCAACAUCUGGCUCCUACCCAGUCAAGAUGCAGAUCCAUCCAGGGACUCCUUCUUCAGGCUGUGCACCAUCCCGAAGAUCCCCAUCAUCUGCUUCGUGGUUCUCACCCUCAGCUCUGGUCUCGGCUUCCUGGAUGCUACUCUGUCAUUAUUUGCUAUCAAUAAGUUUUCGAUGUCUCCUGGCUCAGUGGGGCUGUUGAUGAUUGGUCUCUCUCUCCCUUAUGGUGCUGCCUCUCCCAUCUUUGGCAUGUUCAGUGAUAAGUACCCGUCUGCACGGAAAUGGAUGAUGGUGAUGGGAGGAAUGGCAACAGCAGUAGGUUUCGGUCUACUGGGACCGAUCCCAGUCAUUGGGGUCAGUAGUCAACUCUGGCUGACUGUUUUGAUGCUGGUUGUCAUCGGUUUUUCUCUGUGCAUGACCGCCAUCCCCACCUUUGCGGAGAUGCUCAUAUGUGCACACGAGAAUGGCUUUGAGGAGGGACUCAGCACACUAGGACUAGUGUCAGGACUCUUCUCUGCAGUCUGGUCAUGUGGAAUGUUUGUGGGACCAACACUAGGCAGCUACAUCACACAAAGGUCAAAUUUUGAAUAUGCUUCAGCUAGUCAAGGUGGACUUGCCUUCUUAGCAGCCACCCUUCUGGGCAUCUACUCACUCUAUGAGCUCCAUAAAAAGAGGUCUAUCAGGGCCACAGAGACCCCACCUGAUGACCGAACGCCUCUCCUUUCUUCCCCUCAUCCCUCAUGACCGGCUCUAAAUGUCCGUUCACAUCAGGGAGGUCCUGCUCUUGGAAUUUAAUAGUGCCUAUAGGAGCAGCUGAGCUGAGCGGAGCUACAGUACCUAUGUAAACUUUGCACCAUAUCAAUAUGAUGCUAUUUAAUCCAAGAGGCUCUAAAUUAUGUCAUAUCUAAUAUAAAUAAUAAUGUUUACUUCUUGUUGUAAUUUUGUUUUUAUUUUUUACAUUUCUUGUGUUUGAGUCCGAGAACAGUCUGUAAAAAUGAAUCGAUUUAUGGCUCGAUUUUUUUCUUUCCUUUGUGAUUUUCUUUUCUCUUGUAUUUUCCACAUUAUUUCUCAGCUUCCAUUUUCAGGUCAUCUUUAUAUUAGAUCAAUUAUAUACAGAUGGGGGCAACUACUGUAUGUGGUUUAUUUUGUAAUAUUGAGCAUAUGUUAUGGCUUCAAUUUGUGAUGGCUCAAUUGUGAGCUUUACCCAUCUGAAUGCAAUGAUAAAUCUAUAUGAAGCUAAUGCAUCUUCAAACCAGGAUGAGUGAUAGACCAGCCAGACAUUACUUAAAAAGCUUUAGUGUAAACUCUGUGACUGAAUGAUAAAACAAAACUACACAUAUUUUGUGCACAUUAUCAUGGUAGACCAUAAACAUUAGUUUUAAAGAAAUUAUAUGUAUUCACAUAUACAUAGUAUUGAACACUGGCACAGACACUUACAAAAACACAACCUAUAAAAUCAUGUAUGCAAGAAUAAAGCAUCUCUUGGCAACA